AUGGUGCCCACCUCAAACGAUCUCCUAAAGCUUCUCAAAUCUUUCAGCGAGGCCCUGAAGUACUGGAGGACUAGUCUAGCCACAUCUGAGGUCACACUGGCCCAAACUGCUCGUCUAGAAAAACCACUCGAAGAACUCGAAAAAUUGGCUAAAUUGAUUAAAGCCCAUGUAACGAAAGUUGGCAUUGUGUUCAAGCCCGAGAACUUGCGGCUGGUAGAUGCUGCCUACAAGACUGUGGAGCAAUUGUCGGAAACGGUGGUGUUGACAGUAACUGUUGUUGCCCAGUUGAGUCCCGUCGAAAUUAGCGACAUCUAUCAUUCAGAAAUUCUUGGCUUGGUGAAGUCUCUUCUCUCCACCACAGACACGUUUGCUGAGGAGCUCUCGUUGCUAGUAGAAGAGCAAGAAAGUACGAGUACGGAAACCUCAGAUUCAAAAAUUGACCAAAGACUUGUUUCAGUGGGUCGUCUUUGGGAACACUGCGAUGAGCUCAUUGAUUUAAUCAAAACAGGCAAAUUAGGUCUUCUCAACCGUCGUAUAAAACAGAGCAUUCUCUUAAUAGAUGACGGACUCGACGAGUUUGCGGAAUGGGCACAGGAUCCCGA